CAAACUAUGCAUUGCUAAUCCAUUUAAGCUUUGAAAUCUCUUGCUCGGACUUGUCAAGAACCUCUCCGAGCUGCAACAAUGGCUUAUCAGGAUUCCUCAACCUCCUCGUUGAUGCUACUAGUUAUUUUAUCAUCAAUGGCUAGCAACAUAGUGAUGGGAGAGGCUCAUCGCCUACUGGAAACCACUUUGCCUGAGCUUCCUAAUCCUGAGCUGCCACCACUUCCCCAUGUCCCGGAGCUUCCCAAGCCUGAGCUCCCACCUCUGCCUAAAGUCGAAUUGCCACUGGUACCUCAGCUUCCAACUCUGCCCAAGCCUGAGCUGCCAACUAUGCUAAAACCUGAGUUACCGGUUAUGUCCAAACCUAAGCAAACUGUCAUGCCAAAACCUGAGUUGUCUGCUGUGCCCAAACCUGAAUUGCCUGUUGUGCCCAAGCCUGAGUUGCCUACCAUGCCAAAACCUGAGCUGCCUAUUGUGCCAAAACCUGAGUUGCCAACCAUGCCCAAGCCUGAGCUGCCUACCGUGCCCAAACCUGAGUUGCCAACUUUGCCAAAACCUGAGCUACCCACUGUACCGAAGCCUGAAUUGCCAAAAAAGCCAGAAGUACCAUCAGUACCCCAUCUCCCCGACCUUGGUAAACCCACAUUGCCAACCCUGCCCAAGGACAUUCCAAUUCCUUUAGUGCCCAAAGCUAAACCUUGAAUGUUUCUUCCCUCCAUUGCAGUGUUGUGUCUCUUAGAAGAUGCUCCUCCAGACAUUUCAGUUAGAGUGCUUGAUACAGGAUUUGCAUAGAAGUGCCCGUGUUUCCUAAUAGAUUAUCCAUGUAAAUCUGUUGCCGAGUGGUUGCUAUUCAUUUUUCUGUCAUUUAUUUGUGCCAUCUUCUGUAUUUUUAAGUUUAAAUUGAUAUUUAUUUGAGUGAUUUUCUAUGUUUA